AUGAACAACGAAAACUUGGAGGUUAUCCAAGGGCUUAAGGAGGAAGUGAAAUCGGCUGGAGUCACCAACAUCUGGUUCGCUGUCGGCGUGGAAAUCAGCAUAAUAAUUAGCUGCUCCACCGUACUCUUCCGAGUGUUGAGACUUCUUUUGGUUCCAAAUGGCGAAUCCUUGGGAUAUUGGCUUGGAGAUGCAAAUCAGCGAGAUGAUUUUUCUGAAUUUAAGAAUUUGAAAAAUGUCAGUCAUAGUCAUCAAACGUCACCGAAAUCUUCCCAUGCCUGGGGUAUAUUUUUUACAGUAUUGGGAACAGUUCUUCUCGACUUUGACGCUGAUGCUUGUCAGAGUCCAGCAAGAGCUUAUCUUUUAGACGUAUGUUUGCCAGAAGAUCACGCAAGAGGACUGUCUACGUUUACCGUCAUGGCAGGUCUAGGAGGAUUUUUUGGAUAUUCAAUGGGAGGACUAAAUUGGGACGAAACUGAUAUCGGUCGUCGAUUGGGUGGACACGUAAAGGCCGUUUUUUCAAUAAUAACAAUCAUAUUUAUUAUGUGUGUUGCGUUUACAAUAACCAGUUUUGCGGAAAUACCCCUGUGGGUACUAGCAAAUGCGGACUCAAAUAAUUGUAGGCGCGAGUCUGUGAAAGUUUUUUCAAGAUCAUAUGGUGCCUGUGGAUCUGAUGAUGAAACGUAUUCAAUUCCCGACGAAAAUAAACAGGGAGCAUCUGGAGAACAAUCAUCAAAGAUUUCUUUAGUUAAUGACAUUGUUGACGAAACUUGUUUCAACGAAAAUCCUACUGUUACACAAGAAAAUACAUGUGAAGAUGCUGUUGAAGAACGAAUGCAUAAGCAAAACACUUUGGAGAUAGAAUCCUUACGUCACUAUUUACUUUCCAUUAUCUACAUGCCGUUAUCUUUAAAGAUGAUUUGCAUUACUAAUCUAUUUUGCUGGAUGGCACAUGUAUGUUACUCACUGUAUUUUACGGACUUUGUGGGUGAAGCAGUAUUUAAAGGAGACCCGAAAGCAACCCAAGGAUCUAUUCCCCAACUUCUUUACGAAGAGGGUGUCCGUUUUGGAUGUUGGGGAAUGGCAAUGUAUUCUUUGUCAUGCGCCUCUUACUCACUUAUCAUUGAGAAACUUAUUCAACAUUUUAGAGCUAAGUCAGUGUACGUUGGAGGACUUCUUUUUUAUUGUACUGGAAUGGCCCUUAUGGCAUUAACUCGAGCCAAGAUAAGUGUUUUAGUUUUUAGUUGGACAGCGGGUAUUAUGUACUCCACGCUAUUCACUAUGCCAUAUCUACUGGUUGCUCACUAUCAUAAUGUUUCCACAUUUGAAUUACAUGAAAAUGGAUCUCCGAAAGUUGGAUCAGGAUCACGUGGAUUGGGUACUGAUAUUGCCAUUAUAAGUAGCAUGGUCUUUUUAGCCCAAUUCAUUUUAUCAUUAUGUAUGGGCACAAUAAUUAAAAUAUCUGGAACAACUACAUCUGUUAUAAGUACCGCCAGCUUUUUGAGUUUUUGUGGAGCUCUGUCCGCUACGAAGAUUAUGUAUUUGGAUCUAUAAGCUAAAUUUAAAUAAAAUGUAAUCUAAUAUUGUGUUUUGAACAAAGCAUGGCGUUCUAUAAUUAAAACUAAAUAAACUAUUGUGUGACACCAAACUCUUUAA